AUGGGAAAUUACGCUUCUUGCACGCUUUCGACUCCGUUGGGCAAGAGCUCAAGAUACGCAAAGGUGGUGUUUCCAGGCGGAGAGGUCAAACAAAUCCUGACGCCGACCAAAGCGGCGGAGCUGAUGCUGGAGAUGCCGAACUGCUUCCUUGUAAACUCUCAGUCUCUCAAAGUAGGGCGGAGGUUUUCUCCUCUCAAUGCGGAUGAAGACCUUGAAGCGAGAAACGUGUACGUUUUGUUUCCGAUGAAGAGGGUGAAGUCUAUGAUCACGGCCGGGGACAUGGGUGCUUUGUUUAUGGCUGCCAAGCGGGGUUCUUCUGGGAAAGUGAGGAUUUUGCCGGCGGAUCAGUGUGGGGAGGGGAUGAAUGAUAAGAUUAACGAAGAGACGGAGGUGCCGAAGCUAAAUUUGGAUGAGGUUGAGGAGUUCUCCCAGCCGGAGUUUAUGCAUAGAUUGUCCAUGUCGAGAUCAAAGAAGCCAUUGUUGGAGACCAUAGUAGAAGAACCCGUUUGCUCACGGUGA